UGCCAUGAUAACAUUACUGAAGAGCGUGUGAUUGGAAAGUGCUAGAAGAGAACCUGAGGAAAAUACUGCUCUGACAAAGGAUACAUUUUAAGACCUCGCUGUGUUUAUAUCCGUUGGAUCCUCUAUUUAUUGAUAAUAUAUUUAUUGAACUUAUUUAUUUUACUCAUUAUGCACUCACUGAAGUAUUUUCGAAGUCUCGGAGCUGGCAGUUUACUCGUUAGAGAGGUUGGAAGGUCGGCUAAGGCUGAAAAUGGACAAAAAAGUCUGGUUCGACUGCUGCGCACGAGCUCAUCAGUUCAACAGCAUCCACGUCAUCAGCACGUGAUCCCGGACACCGAGGACAGUAAGGGAGCAGUGCCUGAACUGGAGAACCUGUUGUUUAACACCAUUUCAAAAGGAGAGGAGAAGAUUUCUGUGGGCCGCUUCAUUAGUGAGCUGGAGAGCACAGGAUUGUUGAUCUCUGACCCACGAUUGAGGGACUGCAUGCAGCAGCUUCAAAAAGCAAUGCAAGAACCUGCUGACAUGGCAACAAUAGAUCAGGAGCUCUUUAGGAAAUGUGCUAGAAGCAAUAUAGUCCUGCUAACCCAAGCAUUCCAGAAGAAGUUCAUUAUUCCAGAAUUCAUGACUUUUGCAUCUAAUAUUAAUCAGCUGUACUACAAUGCACAGAGCCAAAAAGGAGGCCAGAUUGCUGACUACAUUCCUCAACUAGCUAAAUUCAGCCCUGAUUUAUGGGGUGUGUCUUUAUGCACAGUCGAUGGUCAGCGGCACUCUACAGGGGACACACAGGUGCCAUUCUGUUUGCAGUCGUGCAUGAAGCCGCUGAAGUACGCUCUGGCUAUUCAUGAAUUUGGGUCCAAACAUGUGCAUUCAUUUGUUGGAAAAGAGCCAAGUGGCCUCAAGUUUAAUAAAUUAAGUUUAAAUGAGGAUGACAAACCUCAUAAUCCCAUGGUUAAUUCAGGUGCCAUAGUCAUCAGCUCUCUUUUAAAGCCCGGUUUUAAGAAGGCUGAAAAGUUUGAUUACAUAAUGGACUAUAUGAAAAGAAUGGCAGGUGGUGAAUAUGUGGGUUUCAGCAAUGCCACGUUCCAGUCAGAAAAAGAGACAGGUGAUAGAAAUUUUGCAAUUGGUUAUUAUCUAAAGGAAAAAAAAUGUUUCCCCCACAAUGCAGACAUGAUAGCGGCACUGGAUUUCUACUUUCAGCUGUGCUCUAUUGAGGUGAACUGUGAGUCAGGUAGUGUCAUGGCUGCCACUCUAGCUAACGGAGGGUUCUGUCCAAUCACAGGCGAGCGUGUGCUGAGUGCAGAGGCUGUAAGAAACACUCUCAGCCUCAUGCACUCCUGUGGGAUGAAUGACUUCUCCGGCCAGUUUGCUUUUCAUGUAGGCUUGCCAGCUAAAUCAGGAGUGUCUGGCGCUGUUCUUUUGGUGGUUCCUAAUAUCAUGGGAGUAAUGUGCUGGUCUCCACCAAUCAACCGUGUGGGUAACAGUGUGCGAGCUGUGCACUUUUGUCAGGAGCUGGUUUCUCUUUUUAAUUUCCAUAACUAUGACAACCUGAGACACUUUGCCAAGAAACUGGACCCUCGCAGACAUUCUGGUCAUGAGAGGAAUAAGGCUGUAAUUGACCUGAUGUUUGCAGCUUACAGUGGAGAUGUUUCAGCACUCAGAAGAUGUGCUUUGUCAGCAGUGGAUAUGGAACUAAAGGAUUAUGACUCUCGGUCAGCUCUGCAUGUGGCUGCUGCAGAAGGUCAUCUGGAAGCUGUCAAGUUUUUAACAGGGACCUGCAGAGUGAGCCCUUAUGUUAAGGACCGGUGGGGAAACACACCUCUGGAUGAUGCACUGGAGUUCGGACAGGGUGGUGUGGUGGAGUUAUUAAAGGAAUAUCAAAGUAUUUACACACACACACUCAUUCCUGAGGAGGUCAGUGCACAUGCACACAGUGAAUCAGCGCUGGAUGUGGAGGACCUGAGAAAAAUGAAGACUCUGGAAAAGUUGGUGUGAUAUAAGACACUAGUCUUUAUUAAGGGUUAGUGGUGUAGCAUUCCACCAUUUAAGACAAAACCCAUAAAACAAAGCCCACAAGUGCACAAUUGACAAAAAUUGAAAAAAAGGUGACAAAAAUGUUGGGUGACUAAUUAGAGGAACAUUAUUUCAUAAAACAGGUUAAAAAGGCUUUAAAAACUUCAUUUACUUUUUAAAAAAUCAUGUACUACUUCUCAUAGUAUUCAAACCUCUUAACUUUUUGCACAUUUUGUGUUGUGGAAUGGAUUUUGAAUGGAUAUAAAUGCCAUUUUACCCAUCAGUCUACAUUUAAUGACCCAUGUUUCAAAAACAAAUAAGAAUCAAAACUCACUCACUUUCUUAACCGCUUUUCCAAUUAGGGUCGCGGAGGGGUGCUGGAACCUAUCCCAACUUUUCAAUGGGCGCAAGGCACACAAUAAUAUCCUGGACGGGGCGCCAAUCCAUCGCAGGGCAGACACACACACAUACACACACCCAUUCAACUAUGGGGCAAUUCAGUGUCUCCAAUUAACCUGACUGCAUGUUUUUGGACUGUGGUUGGAAACCGGAGCACCCAGAGAAAACACACCCAGACACGGGGAGAACAUGCAAACUCCACACAGAAAGGACCCGGAGUGCCCCACCUGGGGAUCGAACCCAGGACCUUCUUGAUGUGAGGCGACAGUGCUACCCACCUAGCCACCGUGCCACCCAGAAUCACAAACUGAAAUCUAUUAUUCAGACUCUUCAGAGGUGUUGCAGAACUUUGUAGACACCCCUUAGGCUGCAGUGUAUCCUAUUCUUUAUGAAAGAGCCUCUCAAUUUCUAAUAGAUUUUAUGGCAAAGGUCUUUAAACCAUCAUCUUUAGGUCUCUCCACAAAUGUUCAGUGGGCUCUGACUAGGCCACUUAUCCUGAGCGAUUUAUGAUCCAUUUUAAAUCAAAUCCACAGGUCAAAUUAACACUGUAUGCAAAAAAGGUCAAGGGGUCUGAUUACUUUCUGAAUGCACUGCUCACCGCAAAACAAUCUGGACUGAUUCCUAUCCUUUCCAUGGUAUUAAACCUAAUUAAACCUAGCUAAUGUUUAAAAAAGCCUGACUAUUUUAGCUAUUUUGAUAUUUAUGAUAUAUCCCACAGGUCUGCUGUUAAUAUUCCUGUAGUGCUUAGUCACAUAUUAAAAAAACAUAACCAGAUAUGAAAAAAGCCCUCACAUCAAACAAUGUAGGUGCACACAGCUAGUCAUUUAUGCACUACGGAAUGGAUACUUAGCUACAGGUGUGAGGCCAGUGUGUAGGAGUACUCAACCUGCUCCUUAGCCUGUAAUAAAAAGCUAGAAAUACUAGUAACAGCCCAGGUGUGAAGGAAACAAAAUACAUUGAGUGUCUGGGUGGCCCUGAGGACUGUACUAGAAGACUCAGCUAUGUAAAACUGUUAUUAGCAACCAGUUAAGGGCAGAAUUUUGGUGAAGACAGUAAGAACGCUGGCCUGUGUAAAUAUUUAGUAAAUUACAUUAAAUUAAUUUAUUAAUGAGCAUAGUAUUUAUCUUUAACCAAAGUUAUAAACUCCAGUCAUACAUUUGUAAUGUUGGUUUUAUCUGCAAUUUAAAAAAAUAAGGACUAUAUAGACAUGGUACAUAGAGAAACUGCUUUUAGAGCACUUAGGUGUUGUACAGUUACUUGUAAAUGUGUCUGCACAUAACUUUUAAUGUAUUUACUAUAUCGAGUUUAUAUUUAAAGUAUGGCAUGUAAAACGAUAACAUUUAGUAAGUUUGAAGUGAAUGUAUUGCUCUUGGAUGUUUCUUAUUCUAUGAUUGUUUUUUCUUUAAUCAAAUUAAAGUGCAAACACUAUCAUUUGUCUGUGUAAAUAGUUAGGUCCAAAUGAGAAUUUGAGGAAUUGUGACAUUUCAGAUCAAGUAUGCACCUUUUAAGCUUUACAAUUUUGUCUUGAUGCAAUGACAUCUAGUACACAAAAUAUUCUACAAAUAUCAACAGACUGAGAAACUAUAGUAAAGCACAACGUAUGAAAAAUAACAAUAAAAGAUCAAAAUAAUCAUCA